AGCAGCCCCUAAUCUCGCACAGCCUGGCCGGAAACAGGUGGAGGUUUCUAUGGAGACCCGCCUUCUCCGCUUCUCCAGCCCGGCCCCUGCCACGCUUUAGCUUUCCCAGGCCGAAGAAGGCGGGUCUGGGAAAUCGCCGGCUCCCGAGCUCUGCCCCCUAGAGGUGGAGUGCGACCGCAGCGGUCCGGAGGGGGCGUGGUCUUUCAAGAUUGGAGGCCUGUAUCUUUAAGGGGGGGGGGAUUGCGUUUGCGGUGAAAGAUGAUUGGCUGGAAGGAGUCCCGGGAAAUGACGCAGGGGGAAGCACACGUGCGUGACUCCGCUCCACAUGGCGGUGCUCGUGAAGAAGCUGCUACGGCCCAGGUUAGGCUCGGUGGACCUGGGCCGCCGCGUGGCACGGCGUGAAGGCAGCCUGGGCAUUGAUCCCGGGGCUGCGGUGCGUGUGCGGUUCGCCCCGAGCCCCACAGGCUUCUUGCAUUUGGGUGGUCUCCGCACUGCCCUUUACAACUACAUCUUUGCCAAGAAGCACAAGGGGAGCUUCAUCCUGAGGCUGGAGGACACUGAUCAGAGCCGCCUGGUGCCUGGGGCAGCGGAGAACAUUGAGGACAUGCUGGAGUGGGCAGGCAUUCCCCCUGAUGAGAGUCCCCGCCGGGGUGGUCCUGUAGGGCCCUACCAGCAGUCUCAGCGGCUAGAGCUGUAUGCCCAGGCCACAGAAACCCUGCUGAAGUCUGGAGCUGCCUACCCCUGUUUUUGCUCACCACAGCGGCUGGAGCUCCUGAAGAAGGAGGCCUUGAGGAAUCAUCAGACUCCCCGGUAUGACAAUCGGUGUCGGAGCCUGAGCCAGGCUCAGGUAGCCCAGAGGCUUGCCAGUGUCCCCAGACCUGCUAUCCGCUUCCGCUUGCAGGAGGUGGCACCAGCCUUCCGGGAUUUGGUAUAUGGCUGGAAUCAGCAUGAAGUGGCCAAUAUAGAGGGGGACCCAGUCAUCCUGAAGAGUGACGGCUUCCCCACCUACCACCUGGCCUGUGUGGUAGAUGACCAUCACAUGGGUAUCAGCCACGUGCUCCGGGGCUCCGAAUGGCUCGUCUCCACCUCCAAGCACCUGCUCCUCUACCAAGCCCUGGGCUGGCAGCCACCUCACUUUGCUCACCUGCCCCUGCUCCUCAACAGGGAUGGUAGCAAGUUGUCCAAGCGGCAAGGGGACAUUUUCCUGGAGCACUUUGCUGCUGCCGGCUUUCUGCCUGAAACCUUGCUUGACAUCGUUACCAACUGUGGCUCAGGCUUUGCAGAGAACCAGAUGGGCAGGACCCUGCCAGAGCUGAUAGCACAGUUCGACUUGACCCGGAUCACCUGCCACUCAGCCCUGCUAGACCUGGAGAAGCUCCCAGAAUUUAAUAGGCUGCACCUCUGUCAGCUGGUGAACAGUGAGAUCAAGAGGCGUCAGCUGGUAGAGAAGCUGCAGGCCCUUGUGAAGGAGGCAUUUGGGAGCCAGCUGCAAGACAGGACUGUUCUGGACCCAGCGUAUGUGGAGAGGAUCAUCCUGCUGCGACAGGGCCACAUCUGCCGCCUGCAGGAUCUGGUCUCUCCAAUGUACUCUUACCUGUGGACUCGCCCUGCUGUGGGUCGAGCACAGCUGGGUGCUGACUCAGAGAAGGUGGAUGUGAUUGCUGAGCGUGUAUUGGGACUUUUAGAAAAAGCUGGUUCAAGCUUAACUCAGGAUGUGCUGAAUGCAGAGCUGAAGAAGCUGUCAGAAGGCCUGGAAGGCGUCAAGUACAGUAACGUGAUGAAGCUCCUCCGAGUGGCCCUCAGUGGACAGCUGCAAGGACCCCCUGUGGCUGAGAUGAUGGUGUCCUUGGGCCCAAAGGAAGUGCGGGAACGAAUCCUGAAGGUGCUUUCUAGCUAGAGAGAAGAUGUCCAGGACUGUGGAGGUGACCCUGAGCCUGGACACCAUCAGAGAACUACCAUCAGAGAACAAGAACCUUCCAGAAGGAACAUGGGGUGAAAGCAUUCUCUGACUGCUAUCAGUACAUGUGGCUCUGUGGCAGGCCCACUUUGCUUAGGGAAGCCCAGAGCACCUCAGCUCAUUGGCUCUGGGAAGACUGUCCUUGUGUCCAACUUUUCGUACUACAUUACACAGCAGAGGUCAUGAGUUCAUUCACAGAAAGCUCAGCAUCACAGAACAGGCCAAAAGGCUCAGGAAUCUGUUUGCUAGAGCUACCAAAGAAAAAUACCACAGAACUUGGUGGCUUAAACAACACAUUGAUACUCGCACUGUUUGGUGUCUGGAAAUCCAAGUGCCAACAGGGUUGGGUUCUCCUGGUGGCCUCUCCUGACUUGCAAAUAGCGACCAUCUUGAUGUCCUCCUGGAACUUUCCUCUGUGCACACAUGUCCCUAGUUUCUUUCUCCUGUUUUCUUACAAGUAAACCUGUCAGACUCGAGUAGGCCUACCCUAAUAGCUUCAUUUUAACAUAACACCCCUGUGAAGGUCCUAUCUCCAAGUCCAGUCCAACUCAGUUCCGGUUUGGAUUUAAGAAUCUCGGCUCACAGCCCGUUUGGAGUUAGGACAAUCAAGAAGAGCUGACACAAGCAGGGCCAAACUAGAUAUCAGACUUCCCUUGGAAAUUGUAAAGGAAGCAGUCACUGUCCCACAAGGUCAACACUUGUGUUUCAUGCCACUUUUCCUCCUUGGACCAAGGGACAGCUUGUGUCUCUGUUGCAGUCAAGUUCUCAUUGCUGGUAGAAAUCACCCAACCAAGAGCAGCUUGUGAGAAAAAGAGGUUUAUUUUGGGCUACAGGCCCAAGGGGAAGCUCCACGAUAGCAGGGGAAA